AUGUCCCGUAGGGCUCCGUCGGUAGCACGAAAGGUAUCCGCCUCGGCACGUACGGCAUCGUCUCAAGCUAGGGCUGGAACAACUUCCUCGGCAGCAUCCUCAAGCUUACCACAGCCUUCUGUCGCUCGAGCUCAGCCCGCUGCCAUCUCUCAAGAGGAGAAUACUACCAACAUCCAGGUAGUUAUAAGAUGCAGAAACAGAUGGCCCGCGCUCGGAGGAGAUUACUAUCGAAACUGCACUGCCUCAGUCGAGUUUGGUGUUUACACUCCUGCUCCAACUCGGACAUAUCCAUUCGAUCGUGUAUUUGGACCUGAAGCAGACCAGGCCCUAGUUUAUCAUGAUGUUGUUGCGCCAGUCCUCGAAGAGGUUCUCAACGGAUACAAUUGCACUCUGUUCGCCUACGGUCAGACGGGAACCGGAAAAACAUACACCAUGCAAGGAGAUCUCUCCCCUACACUCACCGGAAACCCUAGCGCUGAUGCUGGUAUCAUUCCUCGGACGCUUCACAAGCUGUUCAUGCACCUCGAAAACAAUGUUCCGGAUUAUAGCGUCAAGGUCUCCUUUGUUGAACUCUAUAACGAAGAACUCCGCGACCUAUUGGCGUCCGAAUUCAGGGAACCUAGCGCAAAUGCGCAACCUAUGGGAAUAGCAUCGGGCCAGGGAGCUGGUGGCCUAAAAAUCUUCGACGAUGCUGCAAAAAAGGGAACCUUCAUACAAGGCCUGGAGGAGGCCCAUGUGCGGGAUGCGCAGGAUGCGAUAGAAGUCCUUCGGAAGGGCAGCGAACGUAGACAGAUUGCGGCGACCAAGUUCAACGACCACUCCAGUCGUUCCCACUCCAUCUUUACACUCACAGUUCAUACGAAAGAAACAUCAUCCGACGGUAAUGAUUUGAUCAGAACCGGAAAGCUGAAUCUCGUCGAUCUCGCUGGCUCCGAAAAUAUAGGCCGCUCGGGAGCUGAAAAUAAGCGUGCAAGGGAAGCGGGAAUGAUUAAUCAAAGUUUGCUGACGCUCAACCGUGUCAUUACGGCGCUAGUCGAACGAAGCCCCCAUGUUCCCUAUCGGGAGUCGAAACUUACUCGUUUGUUGCAAGAUUCAUUGGGUGGACGUACCAAAACGUGUAUUAUUGCAACGGUAUCGCCCGCCCGGUGCAACAUGGAAGAAACGCUUUCAACCUUGGACUACGCAUUUCAGGCUAAGGCUAUCCGCAAUCGUCCUGAAUUGAAUUCUAGAAUAAUGCGGAACGCGCUACUAAAGGAGCACGCGAGUGAAAUCUCUAGGCUCAAGGCCGACUUAGUCGCAGCCCGGGAGAAAAAUGGCGUUUACGUUUCCGUUGAACGUUGGAGAGAAAUCGAGUCGGCACAGGAAGGCGGCAAAACAGUCCGUGAGGAGCUUCGCGUGCAAGCGGAGGUUGCUCAGCGGCAGUCUCGGGCAUUACAGGAAGAACUGGAAGCUCAAGGGGCCGUGCUCAUCAAAAAGACCAAUGAAUUGACCAGUGUUCAACAGGAGUUGGAGCAAGAACAAUUACAUCUCGCAAAUGCGAGGCAAGAGGUUGAGAGGUUACGAAAAGAAGCCGAAGAGGAAAAGAUUGUCCGACAAGAAUUCGAGCGCAAUGAACUAUCGUUAGACCGUGCAGCUACGAGUCUACGAGAAACUGCGAGAGCUGGUAUUAUCGAUGUGAAGGGAUUGUUUGAUAAAAUUGCCCGCAAUGACGCGCUACUCUCUUCCAAUGCCAAUGUCUUGGUCGCGUUUUCCGAAAGAUUACGCACAGAAUUCGAUGACUUCGGAGCCCGACUCGAAGAGUUCAUGAAAUCCCACAAUACCACCUCUCAUCGCAUUAAAUCGCAGGCUGAAUCAUUUCAAGUAACUGAACUUGAAGCCUCCAGUAGACACAGUCAAUCGAUCGACGACCACCUACGUUUAUUGGAUACUACGGUGGCUAGACUCCAAGCGACAGAAAAAGAGUCAGGGGGUGCGAUGGAUGCACUUCGGGCGGUCAUUGUGCGCACGAGUGAAGGAAUCAAGUCAUCCCUCGAGCAAUGGAACACAUCUGUCUCAAGAGAGUGCUUGUCAUUGUUUAGCGAACUGGCUGUUCAACAAGAAAAACACGUAGGGGAUGUCCUUCGUCUACGCGGCCAAAACGAAUCAUUGGUAUCCCUUCUCGAGGCCGAGCGAGUUAGAUCCGAUAGAAUGCGAGAUGAGGCUAUAGCGCGAGUUACGGCACUAAUUACUGGAUUUACGGCGGAGAGUCAGAAGGGACUAUAUGAGGCAGUUGCCGCAACCCGCGCAGGACUAGGAGAGGGGGAAGAAGCGCUGAGUAGAUUCGCUGUGGAACAUGAAGAAGAGGCGGAGCGAGUGGUCGAGACGACGGAAGGGCUCGUAAGCGUGCUUCAGGGUAAAGAGGCCGAGGGAAAACAAAUCAAGGAGGACGGAAUAAAGGCUAUCAAACAAGCAAAAGCUAGCUUUGAUGACGGAAAUUCACGCGUCCGCUUGUCCAUCAAUACUGCUAUCACCGGGCAAAGCACGGAGAUCGGGCGUCAGCUCUCGGGCCUGGGCGAGCAAAGCUCAAAUGCUUCGAGCGAUUUGCCUCUUCUAAAGAAACAAACGAUGGGCACUGUGAUAAGUCAGACCACCAUGCUGCGUAACGCUUGCCAAACGUACAAAUCUUCCGUGGAUGCGCAUGCCUCUACUCUCGAACAGAUGGAUAAGGCUCUAGUCACUGAUCUCAAAACUCAAGUCACACCUACAGGACAUACACCACGCAAGAGGAAAUGGGAUUACGUCGAUUCAUGGACGCUGACUGUGGCCGGGAAGAUAUUUUACGAGCCUGGAGAAACCUCUGGCGCCGUUUCGGAACACGAUUCCGUUAACUUACCAGAGGGAGCGCAUAUUGCUAGUGAUCUAGAACAGGGCGAGCAACCCACGAAACAAGAGCCGCAGGGAGAUGUCGAUGUAGGAUACGUUCCCGCGAUGGCGACCCGGAUUGCGAGGCCGUCAAGCCUAGUUCCACCAUUGGGCACGAGUCGACGUUCGACUAUGGCACCGCCUGGCAAUAAACCCUCAGCGCACGUUGACGAGAACGUAGUCCUCAGGUCUAAACGUCUCAAACGAUAA